AUGGGGGUGAGCCUCUUUGCUCUCUGCCUCUGGACGGGGCUGAUUAUGGCCUCCACAGCGGAAACUGUGCCCGCCUGCACAGCCUCCUCCACCAGCGCCACAAAUAUGCCGCGAGUGGCGAAGUGCGGGUCAACUUCCUCCACCACAGUUGUCCCUGUCGGGUGUCUUAAUGAAGGAAUGCUUGUUGAGGGUGUUUGUCACUGUCCGUCUCCCUAUACUGGGCAGCGUUGCGAAGAGGCAAAGAAUGAAAUUCAAGUGGUGACUGUUGUGGCCACAAUCAAUGUCUCUGUAACAGUGAAGAAUUGGAAGUUCAGCCCAGAGAUGGCGAUUUACGGCUCAUCUGCCUUCAAUUCAUUCGUGAAGAUCUUUGAGGAACAGAUGAACAUCUUCUAUGCAGACAUUCCUGGGUACACGGGUGUAAAGGUGAUUCGGCUGAGCAAUGGAAGUGUUAUCGUGGACCACGAGGUGCUCCUGCAGCUUCACUUCUCAGACUUCAAUGCUUCUUACAAUGCUUCCAUGAACAACCUCACACAGACCUUGCAAAAUAAUUGCACUUCCAAUGACAAAGAUCAGCUCUGCUUUACUGAAGGAGCAUCUCGUGUGACUGCAGUGCCCCUGAGCCCUGAAGAUCUGUCGGACGAAUGCAAGAAUGCCUCAGUGGUGGCACACAACCUCCAGCCAUAUUAUGAGGCGCAGGUCAUCAACAACACUCUUCAUUGUGUCUCUAAUUGCAGCACUUGGAGCCCCCACCCAUUCCACUGUGUGAAUGGAAAGUGCCACAUCACCUCUGAGGGGCCCAAAUGCCAGUGA